AUGGCGCGAGACGCCGAGGUCGCGAUCCCGGAGAACGGAGACGCCGGGAUCUUGCCGUCGAAGGACUUGGCGCGAUGCAGCCGCCCCAAGGACAUACCCAACGCGCACAUCGAUGUGGGCAACAACACGCUGCUCAACGCCCGCCUGCGUUACACCUGCAACCCGGGCUACAAGCGCAAAGCCGGUACCUCCAGCCUCAUCCAGUGUGUCCUCCGCGACGGCUCCAGUGAGCCCGACUGGACCCACACCACGCUGCAAUGCAUCCGGGACCCGGCUCUACCUCCGCAAACUCCCAGACCUGAUCUCACGACCACACCGUGCACCCAGAAGACGACCCAGAGGGGAACCACCACCACCAGCUUGACCUUCAGCCCCUCUCCAGCAGCAACGCCUGGACUUCGGGAUGCUGCUGGGCCAUCACCCGUGACACCAGCACCUGAUGGGCCUUCAUCAGAGACGUCCGUGCUGCUGGAGACGUCCCCACCACUGGGGACAUCCGCACCGGGACAGGGGACAACCCCAGGGACAUCUGUGGGGACAACCCUGCUGCCCACUGCCCCGACAGACCACGCCGCAGUUUCCAUCCAGACCCUGGCCUCUUCCACUGGGCUCCUGGUGCUGCUGGUGGUCAUCUGCGUCGUGGCCUGCUGUUGCUGGAGGAUGAAAACGCGUGCCAGGCAGGACUACGUGGUGACGAGGACGGCCAUCCCCAUGACAACCCUGGCCGCUGAGGAAGAGGACAUGUUGCCACCCGCUGUCUUCCCCACGGGCUGA